AUGAGGCUCUCUCGAACUGGCCACUUCAGUUUGCUGGCACUUUGCCUCCUGCUGCACGAGGUGCAAUCCCAGGUGAUGUCCAUGAUGUCACCAGCUGCAAAUGCCAACCGGACAGGGGAGGUGACCAAAGUUCUGCGCCGGCACAAGCGUUAUCUGGCAUUUCCGGAGGGCUCGUCGGUUUCGGGCGCCAUUUGCAUGACGAUCGGCAUGAUUGGCAACCCCGAUGUUGACUAUCUCAGCUGGGCGGUCAACUGGGGCGUGGCCUACGAUCUGCCCAACCACCAGUGGGUCAUCCAACACGCCCAUGGACUGAACGCCACCCUGGCCAAGGAUACCAUCAAGCGGCGAUCCCGGCGAGCAUUUUACGAUGAGGUGCAGUCCUUAUUUGACAACAUGGGUUUCAAUGGUCGUUCAUGUGUGGCUCGUGCUCUCUGCGAAAGUGCCAGGUUCAUGCUGCAGUCUGAGGAACGGGGUAACAUGUUGCAGGAGUUGGUCAGGACUGUCUUCAGCCUGCCCCCCUCCCCGGUGGCUGCCCACGAACCACAAGCCCAUCAUCAGUACGAUCGCAUAUACCGCCGAUCCAAGCGGAACUCACGGGAGUGCCAUGAAAUCUAUCCAGGAUGCCAGUUUUCACUGCUGGCUUUGGCAUUGGGCAAAUAUAUGGCGGCCACAACCACGAAGUUUAGUUCAUUCAACUAUAUGUGAAA